GGUGCAUCAGUUUCGAUUUGAACUAGUUGAAAGCGUAGUCAGACCGAGAGAUAUUGUUUCUAUAGCGAAUCAUGUCGUACCCUGUAACCAACACAGAGGAGCUAACCUUUAAACAGAUGCAGACGCUGGUCGGGAUCCGCUCCGCUCGCGGAAUCCAUAUGUUGUUAACGAACCCCUUCAUAUCUACGAAAGUGAAGUCUGGCGGAGACAUAUCUGCGAAAGUGAAGCCUGGCGGAGAGCUCUUUUUGUACGAACUACCCCGGGGCGUCAUGAACGGGACAGUCAUAACCGCCGUCUUGUGCUCUCCUCAGCUAGUAGUUAUGUCCAAGUACCGCCUUCGCUGUGACCGCAACACAACCGGAGAUGGAAUUGGACAUUAUCUCGAAUUUUAUAUACAUAAAGAUGCGCUCGGAUCCUUCCAGCGUGAUGGGACAGACCACGCAGCUACGAUGAAGUGGAAAACUAGCAACAAGAAAACCCCCCGCGUGAUGCAGGUGCAUGUGGAGGACGAUGGAACCAAUAAGGCAUACUGCGAUGGAGACUUCAUAAAAGACUUAGCGUUGAAGAACUUCGGCAGUAACUUCAUCUAUCACACAAUUGACCACAACUUCGAUCCUAUGAUGGUCAUGGAGUUCCACAUCACUUACAAAAGCGACAGCAACAUGGUCUUCAACACGAGCGAGGACUUCAAGAUGCCUGAAUUGCCGCUAUCUUCUGGAGCAUACCUCGUCUGGGAGGGCAAUGCCACGGGAACAUUCACGGUCACGUACAAGAGCACCCAGAUCUACAGAGCCACGAAGAGCGCACCGGGCCUGAGACUAGUGAUGGAGAUGUUCAUCACUACCAUCCUCAUAGGACUGGAGGGCGAGGAGCCUACGUGCGUAGCCAACCCCAAGAUUACGGGGGCGGCGACUAACUACAAGCACCCGCUCGUCCUGUCAAAAGGAUUCCAACUGACCAACUUCAUCAUGCAAACCGGCAGCCGUUCAGGAAAGGAAUAAACGAGGACACACGAGGGCUGAAGCACAGCCGGCGACCGUGACCUGCAGUCCUCGUAUAUUCUGUAACGUCCGGACAUGUGCCACAACACCCAAGAGUUCAUUUACAUUUUUUUCCCUGUCAGUUUCUUUAUCUCUCUCCGUUUUAUUAACAGCCCCUUGUCUGCACGCUUGUCGCAAGGGUGACAGGGAAGAGGAGAGAAACGGGGAAUGCUGAUAAAGAAAUAUAAUAAACCUGGCGACCUCUUGGUACGUCUCACACGUGUAUGUGCGGUUUUGUGUGUUCAUUAAAAUAAAACGACUUCGUAAAAGCAGC